UUCGCAUUGAGAAGCCGAUGCGAUCGGUUGAGUCGGUCUCCUUUACAAGUAGUUUCUUUUUUCAAAGUCUGUGUGUGUAUAUCACCGAAUAUCGGCGAAGUGUACUUUGUGUAAAUAAUAAUAAUUGGAUGCAAAUUCCACAAACGUAAAUAAAGAAACUAAAUUGCAAUGCCGGCAAAGACUUCUGUGUGGCUUGCAUUCUUUUGCGCCCUUGCAUUUCUAAUCCACGAUGCCGAUUUGCGGAGUAUUCAACAAAAGGCCUCUCAGUGCGGCUAUCAGAGCUGUCAUCCCACGAAACCGAAUAUGCUGAAUGUGCAUCUUGUGGCACACACUCAUGAUGACGUCGGUUGGCUGAAGACCGUCGACCAAUAUUAUUAUGGCAGUGAGACUAGGAUCCAAAAGGCUGGCGUGCAAUAUAUUAUCGAUUCGGUUGUGGAGGCUCUUCUGAGAGAUCCCGAGAAGCGAUUUAUCUACGUGGAGUCCGCCUUUUUCUUCAAGUGGUGGAAGGAACAGACCACCAAAGUCCAGGAUGCAGUUAAAAUGCUGGUGGAGCAAGGCAGACUUGAAUUUAUUGGCGGUGCUUGGAGCAUGAAUGAUGAGGCCACAACGCACUACCAAAGUGUGAUUGAUCAGUUUUCUUGGGGAUUGAGGCUUUUGAACGACACCUUUGGAGAAUGUGGACGUCCUCGAGUUGGUUGGCAAAUCGAUCCCUUCGGACAUUCCAGGGAAAUGGCUUCCAUGUUUGCCCAAAUGGGUUUCGAUGGCAUGUUCUUCGGUAGAUUGGAUUACCAAGAUAAGGACGAACGUCUCAUGACCAAAAAUGCGGAAAUGAUUUGGCACGGAUCAGCUAAUCUGGGAGAGGAAGCGGAUUUGUUCAGCGGUGCUCUUUAUAACAAUUACCAGGCUCCGGAUGGUUUUUGCUUUGAUAUUCUUUGUAGCGAUGCUCCCAUCAUCGAUGGCAAACACAGUCCCGACAAUAACGUUAAGGAAAAGAUCGAUUCGUUUUUGGAUUUCGCCAAGACCCAAUCCCAAUACUACCGCACCAACAAUAUCAUUAUCACAAUGGGCGGGGAUUUCACAUACCAGGCUGCCCAAGUCUAUUAUAAGAACCUCGACAAGUUGAUACGAUAUGCGAAUGAGCGUCAGGCGAAUGGUUCGAAUAUAAACCUGAUCUACUCGACUCCGUCGUGUUAUCUGAAAUCCCUUCAUGAUGCCGGAAUCACUUGGCCCACCAAGAGCGAUGACUUCUUCCCAUAUGCAUCCGAUCCUCAUGCCUACUGGACGGGAUAUUUCACUUCGCGACCGACUUUGAAGCGAUUUGAACGGGAUGGUAAUCACUUCCUGCAAGUUUGCAAGCAAUUGAGUGCUUUGGCUCCCCAGAAACCCGAGGAAUUCGAUCCUCACUUGACUUUCAUGCGGGAAACUCUGGGAAUUAUGCAGCAUCACGAUGCCAUAACUGGAACGGAGAAGGAGAAGGUUGCCCUGGAUUAUGCCAAGCGAAUGAGUGUUGCAUUCAGAGCCUGUGGUGCCACCACUCGAAAUGUCCUGAAUCAACUCUCUGUGCAAUCAAAGGAUAAUGUGAAGGAUAAAACCGCCAAAUAUGUGUUUGACUUCAAAACAUGUGCCCUGUUGAACAUCACUUCGUGUCCAGUUUCAGAGGAGAACGAAAGAUUUGCUUUAACUCUUUACAAUCCUCUAGCUCAUACAGUUAGUGAAUAUAUUAGGAUACCCGUUCCAGGUGUUAGUUACAAUAUCAUCGAUAAUAAGGGAGUGACAUUGGAAUCCCAAGCUGUGCCAAUUCCUCAACCAGUUAUUGAUAUCAAGCACAGGAACUCUACUGCCAAAUACGAACUUGUUUUCUUGGCCACCAAUAUUCCGCCUUUGGGAUAUCGUACAUAUUAUGUUGAAAAACUGGAGGGCACUGAAGCCAACAAAAAGAUUAAUCCAUUGCCAAAGGCCACAUCCAGUGUGACAGUGAUUGGAAAUAGUCAUAUUAAACUGGGCUUUGACACCAAUGGCUUCCUCUCGGAAGUAAAAGCUGAUGGCCUUACCCGAUUGGUUAGCCAAGAGUUCUUGUUCUACGAGGGUGCUGUGGGAAAUAAUGCAGAGUUCCUCAACCGAUCAUCGGGAGCCUAUAUCUUCCGACCCAACGAAAACAAGAUUCACUUCUCCACCGAUCAAGUGGAAAUCGAGGUCUACAAGGGCGAUUUGGUCCAAGAGGUUCAUCAGAAGUUCAACGACUGGAUUAGCCAGGUGGUGCGAAUCUACAACAAGGAUUCUUUCGCGGAGUUCGAGUGGCUGGUUGGACCCAUUCCAAUUGAAGAUGGCAUCGGCAAGGAAGUUAUCACCCGCUUCAACUCCGAUAUUGAGUCGAAUGGCAUUUUCCACACCGAUUCAAAUGGUCGUGAAAUGAUUGAACGGAAACUCAACCACCGUGAUACCUGGAGUGUAAAAAUCAACGAAGAAGUGGCCGGCAACUACUAUCCCAUUACCACUAAAAUAGAUCUGGAGGACGAAACAGCUCGAUUGGCGAUCCUUACGGACAGAGCUCAGGGAGGUAGCUCCUUGAAGGAUGGAUCCUUGGAACUGAUGGUCCAUCGUCGCCUUUUAAAGGACGAUGCCUUCGGAGUCGGCGAGGCUCUCAAUGAAACUGAAUUUGGAGAGGGACUGAUUGCCAGGGGAAAGCACCAUCUCUUCUUUGGAAAGUCCACAGAUCGUGAAGGAGUUUCCCUCAAGGGAAUCGAGCGAUUGGUUCAGUUGGAAAAGCUUCUGCCCACAUGGAAAUUCUUCAGCAACAUGGAGGAUUAUACAGCCGAAGAAUGGCAAACAUCCUUUACAAAUAUUUUUACUGGCAUUUCAUUGGUUCUUCCCAAACCGGUUCAUCUUCUUACUUUGGAACCCUGGCACGAAAACCAACUUCUUGUUCGAUUCGAGCACAUUUUGGAGAACGGAGAGGAUACUUCGUACUCGCAACCCGUUCAGUUCAAUGUUAAGAAUGUUCUGAGUGCCUUUGACAUCGAAGGAAUCCGUGAAACAACUCUGGAUGGAAAUGCCUGGUUGGAUGAAAGCCGUCGCCUGCAAUUUGCUCCAGAUCCCGAGGCAGCGGCAUUCAACACUUACGGAACCUUUUCCCGAUCUUUGGAAUCCGGAUCUGUUCACCUGUUAAGUGCCGAGAAACCCAUGUUGGAAGUCAAGUACGCAGAGGAAUCUCUGCCAGAAGGACAAUUGGGUGCCCAGAGCAACCGAAUUAAAAGGGAUGUGAACUUAAAUGAAAUUAGGAAUGAGCCAAGGACUUUCAAGGUGACCGAGGGUCCCUACAACUCCUUCAAGGCAGACAGUGACAACCAGGAUUAUAUAAUCGAACUGAGUCCAAUGGAGAUCCGUACUUUCAUUGUCUACUUGACAAAAGCAUAGGAAUCCUAUUUAUGUAUAAAGAAAUGUGCCUAAUAAAAUUUAAUAAUGUUUAAA